AUGGACGUCAAAGAACAUGCUCUGCUCCUUCUGGAGUGGAUCCUGACGCCAUCAACACCCGUCUUCAUCAUUGGCAUCACCAUUGUCAUCCUCUUCCCUGUCUUCCUGCACUUCUACCUUGCUCGAUCUGUCCAGUACAUCACCCUACCGUCUGUGGUCCUCAUUGGCCCCGCAGGGGCAGGAAAGGCAACUCUUGUCACCCUCUUUGAACGCCGCGAUAAACCUGCAUCUGCCCACACCUCGCAGGUACCUAUUGUUGUCGAGCUGGCCGUCUCCGAAGACGGCGUAUCCAGCUUCCGUCAAGACCUCGACGCGUCCGGCUCCACAGCGAAAAAGUUCUUGCUAAUCGACACCCCCGGCCAUGGAAAACUUCGUGCUUCUACGCUUGGCAUGCUCUCCGGCCCUUCGAGCACAAAGUCAAAGAUCAAGGCCGUUGUCUUUGUGGUAGAUGCCGGUGCCCUGGCUGACCAAGAUGGUCUAGCUGCCUCUGCAACCUACCUCUACGACGUCCUGCUCGCCUUGCAGAAGCGGAUGAGUGCGGGUAGCACGUCCAGGGCCCCACCGGCAGUCCCAAUACUGAUCGCUUCAAAUAAGGCUGACCUCUUCACGGCCUUGCCAGCGUCGCUCGUAAAGAGCAAUCUGGAGGCCGAGCUGGGCCGCAUACGCACCACAAAAAAGAAAAGCUUGUUGGACAGUGGCGUAGGUGCAGACGAGGUGGACAUGGCAACCGAGAGCGACGACUGGCUGGGCGAGUACGGCUCGAACAAGUUUUCUUUCUCGCAGAUGCGCGCGUUCGACAUCGACGUUGAUGUUCUGGGCGGCAACAUUGUAGGGGACGGACCAGGGGUGGACAAAUGGUGGAGCUGGAUUGCACACAAGAUUUAG